UCGUGUGCCCGUUCAUUCAUUUCGAUUCUGUCUCUGGCCGCGAACAGACGUUUGGAAAAGUGUCCACGGUGCGGAUGACAGUGCAAAAAAAUUAAAUAAACCAACACAGCAAAUAAAAAAAAAAUAAAAGAGGGAGAGAGCAAAUAAAAAACAGCAAAAUUAGCUGGAGGGGCAACAACAAAUUUGAUAUAUACAUAUAUAUAUACGUGCUUUAAUAGUGAAACACACACACAAACGCACACGCACGCACGUUGUUCGCUCGCCUAUACAUCUAUGUAUCUGUAUAUGUAACUGUGUGUGUGUGUAUAUAGAGGCGGCUGGUAAAAUUCCACUGUGAAACGAAAGGAAGUUAUUGUUUUUGCGGCUGUGUGUACAUAUAUAAAUAUAUUAUUAACAAAACAGUGUGUGCAUAAAAGCUGAUAAAAGCUAAAAACGUGCAAAAAUUAAACAAAAAACCGGGCAGCUCAAUCACGUUUUUCGACAUUAUUUGUUUUCCUUUGUUUUUUUGUGGAUACCGCGGACGACACAGAGAGAGAGAGAGAACCGCUCCAACAAGUGCACUUUAAUUGAAGCUCCAAAAAUAGAAGUACAAAUAAAAAAUAAAAAGAAACAGGAGGAGACAUAAACUCGUUAUCGCUAUCGUUAUCGUACUACCCACACACAUUGACACACGCAUCCAGUGAUAAGCGGAAAAGAGUAAACAGGCGGUACUCACUUAUCAGCAUUUUCCACUCGUUCCAACAUAAAUAAACACCCCGCUAUGCCAUUCUAAAACUUAAAAAAAAAAGUAUAAAUCCGGGAAGAAAAGUACAUACCACCUUAAAAAACACACAUCUCAGCUUGAAAGAGAAAAGUAACUCGCCGUGCAGUGAAUUCGCCUUCGCCGUUGCCGUUGCCGUUGCCGUUUCGACUCAACUACCUGUUUGCUCGGCCAUAAAUUCGCCCCGGCAUUUAUCUGACAAUUAUUUCUGCACUGACGUAAGGAGGAGCACUUCCACCAUUCCACCGCAAUUGCAGCAAACCACGUCGACGCAGCAGCAGACGCAGCAGGCGCAGCAGUCGCUCCACAAAACAGUCAUACUGCCCAGGAGCGGAUUCGCAAGCCUCGAAGUUCAAGGAGGAGGAGGAGGAGGCGGAAUCCGGAGCGGAUCGAGGAGCAGGAGCCCCAACAUGGAGCCCUAUUGGAACGAGACGAACGGACAUGCCGCCCAUCCGGUCAAGUAUGAGAGCCAAGCGACCACAGCCCAAAAGUCCAGCUAACCGACGGAGAGCUCUUUGAGGCACACGGAUUGAUUUUGGCUGAUCCAAAGCGAUUUCGAGUCUCAGCGACAACAUUUAAUCCUUUGUUCUUUCUGUUCCUUUGCAGCCCUAAAUUAUUCUCAUAUCGAAUAGCAAAAUAAACGAAAACAAAAACAAAUCACAAUUAGUCUUUAACUAUUAAUCCUAGACUAACUAGCUUAAGUUACUACUUCUAAGACAGACUAAGUUAUGCGCCUUAUAAAUGCAUUACUAAAACGAAUAAAACAAAAUUUGAACCGAAAAUUAAAAUGAAUAAAAAACCAAAAACAAAACCAAAACCAAAACCAAAACAAAAUAAUAUAAAACAUUUUUGAACAAGAUUUGGACUUAACUGUGUUUCUUUAUCCUUCCCACUUCUUUUUGCAUAUCGAAACCAAUUAUAGCGAAGCAGCUGUCUCCAGUUUUCCUUAUUGCACAGAAUCUAGUUUAAAUUUUUCAACAUCCGCCACGGCAUACAGCGAGGACGAUGCUGAAUAUGCCACCGGAAGACGUAAUAAGACAUCGAGGCAAGAUCCGUUGUCCCAUCGAAUUAUCGAGAAACGGAGACGAGAUCGCAUGAACUCCUGCCUGGCGGACCUAUCCCGCCUCAUCCCGCCGCAGUAUCAGCGCAAAGGACGUGGCCGUAUUGAGAAGACCGAAAUCAUCGAGAUGGCCAUUAGACACCUGAAGCACCUGCAAAGCGAGUGUCAGCAGAAGGAGAGCGACUAUCGUACCGGCUAUACGGACUGUAUGAAGGAGGCGGCCAAGUUCCUUUACGAGGUCCACAUGCAGGACUUUUGCCACCGAUUGUUGGGGCGUCUGCAGGAGCACAUCGACGAGAUGUUCAAGACCGACUGCUACAAAUCAACGCGCAGCUGCCACAUGCCGGAUAAUGUGAGCGCCUCCAGCGGCAGUCCCCAUCAGGCUUACCACCCACCUCUGUGCCACCUGCGCGACAUGCUGGCCACCUCGGCCUCGGAUGUCGAGCACAGUCAGGACCAUAACGAUGUCAAGGACCUGAGUUUCCGUAACCAUCUCAAUCAGCUGCAUAGGACUCAGCAGGUGGCGGCAGCAGCAGCAGCCGCAGCAGCAGCAGUUGUGGUUGCCAAUGGCAACUCGCAGGCUUCCAAUGCCGGGUUGGAUUCGAAGGUGCCAUUGGUUAAUGGUGGUGGCAACAGUGGAUCAUCAGCGCCAGCUGGUGACAAUGUACCCAGUAAUUCUACGAACAAUGGAGCCGCAGCAAUUGCCGGGGGCAAUAGCAACAGCAGCGGUAGUAACUGUAGCAAUGCCGCUAGUUCCACCACCUGCCCGCCAGCCGGUGGAAGCUGUGCGCCUAAAAUCACUCCGCUGGCAGCCCACCAACAGCCCCAUCAGGCGCCAGUGAUCACGUCGACGGCCCCGCAUCAUCAUCACCAUCACACGGACAGCAGCCACCACGACUUUGAAUCGUCCAGGGAACCGAUCCUUCACAUAGAUACCUCUAACAUGCACUCGCCACCGCCCAGGGAUCUGCUGCUACAACAGCAAUCUCUCUUGACCCACAGCCACCAUACCCAGGACAGCCUGAUGUCCGUGAGGAUGCGCAACUAUUCGGAAUCCUCGCACGAGGUAGAGCACAACAACAACUACAAGUACAAGAACCACAUCAAGGAGCGCUUUGUCCACGAGCUCCACGACGAGGAGACGAGCAGUGAGCACUGCCCAGUGGCAGCGCAUUUCCAGAAUGAGCUCUCCCAAUUGCAUGCACUGUCGGAUCAUUCGAAGGAUGGCACAGAACCGGAAAUAGCUCCCAUUAUGGCCAAGAAGCGGAAGCUGGCUGAGGCGGCGGCCAACGGGGAAAUUCCCCAGGAAGUACAAACCGAAUCCAACACUGCAGCAGCAAACGCUGCUAGUCGCUUGGACAAGCCAUCACCCUCGUUUAAUUUCAGCGACAUCAAGGACAUUAAGUCGGAGCUGCACAAUGGCAAUUCCAACUCCAGUCCACUUUUGGCGAAACUGACUGCGGCGGCAGCUGCUGGUGGCCAGUUGAGUACUCCGAGCAGCACCACCGCUCCUCUGCCGCCCAGGCACUCCUUUACGGUACCGAUAUUCGCACUCCAUGGUCAGGGCAACUACUAUGUGCCCCUCAAUGUCGACUAUAAUGCACUGGUACCCUUCCUCAACGGGAUGGAUCUGCUCGAGAAGAGCUACACUAGUAUGCCGGUGGUGCAUCCCAUUAAUAUCAAUGUUAACUUUAUGCCCAGUUCACCGUCGGCAUCUCUUUUGGCCGCUGCUGCAGCCGCUGCCGUAGCCGUUGGCAAGCAACAGCAACAACAGGCAGUGGUGGCCGUUGGAGCUGGACUUCCCCUGUCCACUAACUCAGCGGCAGCAGUUGCCGCAGCGGCGGUGGCCAAGGCCAAACUGGAGCAGGCAAUGAACCAGAGUUGGUAAAAGAAAAUACAAAUCAGCAGAAAAUAGAAAAAAAAAAAUAAGGCAGCGGGUCGACAGAUGGAACAACUCUACCUCAGUACUUCUGUGAAUAAUCAUCAAAUGAUUAAUCUCAAAACAAAAACACUAAGCGACAUCUGCGCCCAAGUUAACCUACAAACCUACAAGAAAGAACAAAAAAAAAACAAAAAAAACAUAAAAAAGAAAAUGGGUUGGGAGAAGAAAAAGCGAAUUCAUUGGGGGUACUUCUUAAAUCUCUGGGGGUCUUAAACUAAUUUUAUGCAAAGUGUCAAGAAGAUAACUAAGAAUCCUUGGAUCUUAAGAUGGUCAAAGGUAGUUUAAAUCUAAAAUCUUUUUGCUAUUUAGAAAAAUCCCACUUUGAAUGUGAUUCCCAUUGCAUAAAAUAUUUUUUCAUUGUUUUUAGUAUAAAAAAUGCACAUAUUAGUUUACCUUUUUAAAAGAUAUUGUAUAUAAAUUGAAUAGAAUUUUUGAUCAUAAAAAGGAGGCAACAUCUUUUCAACUUAAUGUGUGUAUAAAUUUGUAAACUUUUCUUAGUUUGAUUAUUAUAGAAUCACGUAAAUGUUAAAACUCAACAUGUGAAUAACAUGACUAGUAAAUCUUUUAUCUUAAUGGCCCGUUUAAUAUCCCUAGAGAUUACAGAAGUACUCCGCUCUAUAAGUUUUGGAUUAGUUUAAAUCAUAGAGAUAGCCAGGAGCAGCCUCAAAGGCUGGCCACCUACUAGAGAAAUGAUUUCCAAUUGUUAAGAGAGGGGAGAGAACAAUUAGAAUAGCUAGUUGUUAAAUAUUUUGAACAAAGCAUAAAUGUCUAUUAUAGUGCAUGCAUUGAAAACUACAAAAAAAAAAAAACAAAUAAGAAAUGUAUGUUGUGUGCAAGCCAAUAGAACGUAUAUGAUGCCAAGAGUCAGUCCCACGUAAAGAAAAUCUAAUGGAUUUUAAAACAAAACUAAAUGUGAAUUAAAUGUAUUUUUUAGAGGUUUAACGUUUUUGCAAUUUAAAUAAGUGUUGUGGUUUCAAAUCAGGUAGUCAGAUAGCCAAGUGACUCCCGUCAAACAUACAAAGUAAUCUAUAUAUAUAUAUACAAAACAGAUAUACUGAUAAAAAACAUAUAGAUAUAUAUAUAUAUAGUAAACCACUAGUCAGAGAACUAUUACGAAGACGUAAAAACAAACAUACAAAAUGGGAGAAAAAACAAAUCAAAACUUAUUAUAUUCUAUGUGUAAAUAUUAUUAGCAAGCAAAUUGUCCUUUGUUUAAGUUUGUAUUUUAGUGACAAAUUAUGUUAAGUUGGUUGGUUAACAAGUGAAAAAAAAUCAAAACAAAAAAAAUGAUUCGAAAGAAAUCCAAAAAAUUUUCUAUUCAAGAAAUGUUCCACGUUUCAUUCUCGAAAUGCGGUCCCUAUUAUAGUUAUUAUUAUUAUUAUUAUUAUUAUUUUUAAUUAUUACUACUGUCUAACAACUAAGUUUUCGUUUUCGUUAUAAAACCAAUUAAAUGAAAUUUAAAGAUCUUUCUGUCACCUAUUUCCAAAUAGAGCACCUCGAUGUUUUCAUAGGUGAACUCCGGAGAAGAUUCUGUUUUUUGUAAGGUAAGCUUCGUUGCGGCUAAACUGAAAGUUGAUAGCAUAAAGAUUAUUAAUGUUUUACGACUCUUAUUAAUGUGUACGAUUACUUUUACUGUACGGUACUGUUAAUAUACAACUACGUUACUGUUUAAUAUAUUUUAUAAAUGUAUACAGAUGUAAUAAAAAAUUUCAAAAUGA